AUGGCUUCCUGGCUCCAAAUCCCCAAGAACUCGCCGUUCUCCCUCGCCAACAUCCCCUUUGGUAUCAUCUCUGCCUCCGCAUCGCGCGUGCCGGCCAUUGCCAUCGGUGAAUAUGCGUUGAACUUGAACGCCUUCGCCUCAUCGGGCGGCUUUUCUCAAUUGCCCGCGAUCCAGCAGCACCUUGGAGUUUUCAAUGAGCCUACGCUGAACGCCUUCGCUGCCCUGGGCCGCCCCGUUCACCGCCAGGUGCGCGAGUACCUGCAGAACGUCUUCCGCGCCGACACCCAGUUCCCGCAGAUUCUCAAGGACAAUGCGGAUCUCCAAAAGACCGCUCUGGUCCCUCUGUCCAAGGUUGAGAACCACGUCCCCAUGCAGAUUGGUGACUACACCGAUUUCUAUGCCGGCCUGAACCACGCCUACAACGUUGGUGUCCUCUUCCGUGGACCCGAGAACGCCCUGCAGCCCAACUACAAGCACCUUCCAGUGGCUUAUCACGGCCGUGCCUCAUCCGUUGUGGCCUCUGGCACCCCUCUGCACCGUCCUCAGGGCCAGAUUCUUGCCAACCCGGCUGCCAACCCCAAGUUGCCGAUUUUCUCCCCGUGCAAGCGUCUGGAUAUCGAAUUGGAGCUGGCCGCCUUCAUCAGCACUCCCAAUGACCUGGGCAAGCCCGUCUCCAUUGAGGAGGCUGAAGACCACAUCUUUGGUCUGGUGCUCAUGAACGACUGGUCCGCCCGCGAUAUCCAAGCAUGGGAGUAUGUCCCUCUUGGUCCCUUCAACGCUAAGAACUUCGGCACUACCAUCACUCCCUGGGUCGUAUUGAUCGAUGCCCUUGAGCCCUUCCGUGCUGCUGGCCUAGAGCCCGGCAACCGCGAUUCCCUCCUCCCUUACCUGCGCGAGAAGCGUGCCGAGAACGCCUACGAGAUUCCUCUCGAGGUCGAAAUCACCAACAAGGGCGGCCAGCCCACCGUGAUUUCCAAGAGCAACGCGCGCAACCUUCUCUACUCUUUCCCUCAGAUGGUGGCUCACCACACCAUUACCGGUUGCAACCUGCGGACCGGCGACCUGCUGGGCUCUGGUACCAUCUCCGGCACGGAGCCCAAUACCCAGGGCAGUCUGCUCGAGCAGACCAACGGCAAGACUCCUCUCAAGCUUGCCGACGGUUCGGAGCGUAUGUUCCUUGAAGACGGCGACACCGUUAUUCUGCGCGGCAUGGCUGGUUCCGACGGUAACUACGUUGGUUUCGGUGACUGCAUCGGUACUAUUCUGCCCCCCGUUGCCCUGUAG